AGAGGUCUGCUGAUUGCUUAAUAAUGCCAAGAACGGCCUCAGUGUGUGUCAAGGCCAUGGCCAGACUUUCCUGCAGUUUUAUUAACUUUUCAUAUAUCAGAGGCGAAAACAACUGCUCUGUCUACUCUGCUAGUCAUUUUCUGCUUCUGGCAUCUGAUUUCUUGCCCACUUCCCAGGCCUUUCACGGAGAGGCAAGCUAGAGCUGAAUGGGAAGCCGUGACUCUAGUAGUUUUUUCCAGGAGAGGCAGGAUUCAGACAGAGGCUGUUCAUGGGAACAGCCCCUUGACCUUCCAGUGAAGCUAUGAUAAGCAGGCCCCACGUCUGGAGACCCACAGAUGAGCCUGGGUGACUCUGACAGAAAUGAGUUAAGCAAUGUCGUCCCUGGGGCCCACAGCCCAGCUCCGGAUGUGAGGCGCUAGCAGACACUGGCCUCCACAGCCACAGUCAUGGCCAACAGGACCAACGCCUCUGUUCCGUACCCCAGCUAUGAAUAUUACCUGGAUUACUUAGACCUCAUUCCAGUGGACGAAAAGAAGCUGAAAGCCAACAAGCAUUCCAUCGUCAUCGCCUUUUGGGUGAGCCUGGCAACUUUCAUGGUGCUCCUCUUCCUGAUUCUGCUCUACAUGUCCUGGUCAGGCUCCCCGCAGAUGAGACACAGCCCCCAGCCCCACCGGAUAUGCCCAUGGAGUCACAGCCUCAACCUCCCCUUCUGCCUCAGGAGAGCCUCCCCGCAGACAACGGAGGAACCAGGAAGCAGAACUGGCUCUGAGCAAUGGUUACAGCAGCAGAGUCCCUCUGCCUCACCCACUGCACCUCUGCCUCUGCCCUGGAACUAGGCUUGGGAUAGGGCUUCCCAGGGUAUCAGCUGACCUCAGGAACAAGCAAGGGGGUAUAGUGGUGAGCCUGGAGACAGAACUUCUUCUCAACUGUGGGACUGACAAACUGAUACACUCAAAUCAACAUGGACCAUUUACAAUGAAUGUAGCAAAAACUGACCAGGUCACAGCCAAGUCUACAGGGAGGAUCAUCACACAUUGAUAGUCCGGCUACAAUGCAGAGGCUGCCCCGACAUAGCUGAUUCUGUUGAACAUGCUUAAUCUGUUUGCUGCUUACAUCUGUUUUGGGAUGCGUAGGAAAAUAAAACAUGGACCAGGAUACAGAGUACUAACCUUUGCUUUGCCUCUGUCCUUCCUUCUGCCUGAAUACACUUAGCACACAGGUUCUUGAGAGGAUGCUGGGGAAGCCUGCAGACCUCCCAUGUGCUCUCACUGACACAGAGAGAUCUCCAAUAUACAACAGUGUGUGCCCUCCCAGGCCAGCUCCGCUGGAUCACACUUUCUCUUCCCCAGAGCCUUUUUCAAGAUAGAGCCCAAAGAGCUUGUCAGAAGCAGGGCCUUAAGCUAGUGGAACCAGCCAGCCUCCAGCACUGUCCCAGAACGUUGACUUCUCCAAGCUAGCAAGUAGCUCCCAUUUCAGACGCCGCUUUCUGGGACCAUGGCUCUGAGAGCCCCAAACAACUGGGUGUCCAGUACCUAAAGCCCUGGUUGAACAGAGAUAGCACGAGGCCCAGAAAACCGGCAGCUGCACCUGCCAGCACAGUCAGGAGCUGGUAGGCUCUGUUCUUAAAAUGAUGGCUUCCCUUUCCACCACAGCCUUCACGGUAAGGCAGCUUCUUGAUACUGACUGGGGUGGAGCCAUGCCAAAACCACGAUGAGCAAACCCCUGUGUAAAACGGUGCCGCAUCUGCACACAGCCUGCCUGCUGAGCAUCACUUCUGGCACACUUUAACCAUCUCUAGAUGCCCUCUAUCCCGUGCAAUGGGAAGUGAGGGACGCGGUAACUGCGCUGCCUAUGGAACGACAAGGCAAAUCUUGACAUCAGGACAGAGGCAAUCCAUUUCAUAUCACAGCUGCAGACUGUGGGUCUAGAAGGCUGCCUGUGUAACCCCAUGCCAGGUGUGGAAGACCACGUAGGACCCACUUGCCACAGGGUGGGGGCCAGGCGUGGUCUCACCAGGCUUGGGGGAGGUGAAUCUAAACAGACGGAGAGAGCAGGCGCGCUCCUGAGCUCAGGUGCAGCUCUGCCCUGCAUUGCUGUCACCACCUAGGGCAGCAUCUAUCUCCCUGUCUCCAAUCUGCACUGGCCACAGACUGCCAGGAGAGGGGAAGGGAGGGAGCAUGACCCAUGACCUCUCACCAUCUCCUAUCCAGGGUCAAGGCAGAGGAGGCUGGUACCAUCAGACUACAUGUGAGCUCCCCUCACAGGAGCAAUCAAACCCCACCAAGUCACUGUGACCCAUGAAUCUAGGGGACGGCUGAGGGCUGGAGCUUGUGAAGAGCUGUGGAAACUUGAGGUCUGGUGGCCCCACUCUGUUGCUUUCAGAGGCCUGGGCUAUAGGGACACGCUCCAGAUCCUGUCUUUCCAGCCACUGUCCCUCUGCAUGCCAGUCAGAGGGACCAUAAG